AUGUUGAGUGGGAAGUCACAGCUCGGGUCCUUGAGUGAGAUGCUGAGUGAUCCCACAAUGAGCAAGCUGUUGAUGGGAGGCGGGGGAGGAGCUGGCGGACUGGGGGCUGCAGGACUGGGGGGAGGACUGGGAGGUUUGGGUGGUGGACUCGGGGGUCUAGGAGGUGAGUCACAAUUGAAUUUGGGAUCUCUGAUGGAGAACCCUAUGCAAAUGUUGACAGAUCCAACAAUGAGACAGCUGUUAACUUCCGGAGGCGGGGCGUCAGCAGGGGGUAUUGACCCGGCCACGUUGUCUGCUCUGAUCGACAUUCAGAGUGCACCAUUACUAGACACAGCCAUGUUAUCUCAGCUUAGCCAAUUAAACGAACUCAUUCCAUCUGCUCCAACCACCCCAAAACCAACCAAACCAGCACCCGUCAAACCAGCUUCCACCAUCAACCUAUCCAUAGGCGGUUCCUCUGCUACUCUUGGUAAGGACCAGUCACUUGCAGACCUCAUCAAAAAACUUCAGCUAAAAAGAAAGAAGAAGGAAGCAGCUGCAGCUGCCGCGGCUGCCAUAGAAACGGUUCCUAAUGGCAACCUUGGAGCAGUAUUUUCAGAAACUCUCAAACCUAGUAACCUCAACCCUAACUUACCAGUAGCCAAAAUUCUGGAACUUGCUAAAGACGGCAUCGGUGUUGCACCAACUCUACAAAACAUGGUUUGCCCUACAAAACAGUGCCCAUUUCCUCUAGCAUGUGGAAAUCCGGUAAAAACCUACACACCGGAAACAUUCUUCGUAUGUCCCGAAUGUCCAAUGUGUCCUGGGGACAUUCUCAAAGGUGUCUCUGCUAGACUAGGAAAAGUUGUCAGAAUAGCAAAUGCAAAGAAAAAGUCCAAGACAGCAACCUCAUCCUCAAAUAGGUAA